AUGGCUCAGACAACUGUGCUGAGCUGGAUCACGAAUACGCCUGCAAAUUCUAGUCCACCUCCGAAACAUGAGGCUACCCCACAGCCGCCUAAGAAGAAACAGAAGAUCACACCUUCAAAUGCGCUCGAAGUUGCAGUCGCGUUUCGAACACGGCGCGAACGCGAAAAACGCGCCCAGCUCACGACGUAUCGCACCAGGGUCUCUGCUAAACUUGAAAAACUGCCAUCACUUCCUCUAGACAUAUUACUCGAGAUUUUCAGCCACCUUCAUCCGAUGGACCUCUUAAAUCUCAGUCAUACUUCCAAGCCGCUUCGUUCCUUGCUACUGCACGGAUCUGCGGUCGGAGUUUGGCGGGAAGCGCGUCGGCAGAUCGAAUACCUUCCCGAGUGCCCGGAAGACAUGAGCGAGCCUGCGUAUGCGGACCUUUGCUUUGAUUCCUAUUGCAAAGAUUGUCGAAGAGCGCGGGUGGUGCUUGACAACAUCGAUUGGGAACUGCGGGCGCGCUUAUGCAAUGCAUGUGCUAAGAAACUCUUGAUAUCUGACAAAGAGAUGGAAUUUACGACAGAUAUGAAACAACUGCUACCAUACUCCUGCCGCGAAGAUACGUUGUACAUGCGCGUCACUGACGUUCUCAAUUACAAACAUCAAAUGCACAUCUUGGACGCCAAUGGGUCCACGGAGGGUUUAGAAAGCUAUCGCGAAGAAAAGCGGCGUCUUAAGUCGGUUAUUGACGAACAUGCAAUCAAAUGCGACGACUGGGCGUGUAUGAUGGUUGAGAACCAGGCUCAUACGCGAGCCGAAAUUCGUCGCGAACGGAAAAAAGCCAUCCUUGGUCGCCUGGUCGAGCUUGGUUACGAAGAUGAGCUAAACCAAAUGCCGAUAUAUCAGUCGUCGGAGACCAAACUGCAUGGGAUCACUCUCAUUGAUGAUCACCGGCUUGUCAAAAUCCCGAGGAAACUUACUGACAAGUCGUGGAAUAACAUCAGAGACGAAAUGAUUGAGUACAUGGAGAAGUUAAAGAAUUACAGAUUGACGCGCGAGCGCGCUGUCCUGCUUAGGCGUCGACGUGCCACUGCUGCAGACGUUUGGCACACACAUCGACUCGCGCAUCCCCAAGCGCUCGAAGACUUUGAUGUAUAUCCAAGCCCCGCGGACUUCUGCGAAUUCCCUGCCGUGAAGGACAUCAUCGAGCAGGACUCCGAAAUAUCCGUGACCGGGGAAAGUUUUGAUGACGUGCUCUCGUCGUUGCAUAUCACAAUCGCUGAAUGGCAGAGGACGGCUCUCCUCCGCCUAUUCAGGCGGACACCCAUGGGCCGAGGUGAUCCUCCGGAAUUCGACAGGCCUCUAAAAGAUGUGCGUCAGGCGCUGUCUUUAGCGACCACUGUCUUCACAUGCGAGCGACCGGCAGGCUGGAAGGUGCACGCUGGCCCCGUGCGCAACAUUGAUUUCCGCAUCGCCCUCCUUUACAUGGAUAACACAUACCAGGGCAUGUUCUAUCCGGAAUUUUUGCACCACGAGUGCAAUCUCGUGCGACAUGCGACAUGGCGCGAGGGAUGCUCUCGUGUCACGGACGAUCGGUCCCUGAAGCUUGGUUCAGACUUUGGCUCAGACUUACUCAGACGGCCUUGGUCGUGCGACCACUUGCACUUCGACGUGAAGGCCAGCGAAGUAGCCGCAACAGUGGUUGAGGCGUGUGGGCUCGAUGCUAGUACAGCGUCUGCCCAGGACAUGGACAAGUUGGACGCACGUCUGGUCUGUCUGAAGUGUACUCGUGGUGAACGAUGCGACGGGGAACGGACCGUGGACGUUCGGUCCUGGCGUAAUGCGAUUCAUCACUGUUUGAAGGUGCACUGGGGAGAUCGUACCGUCAGUUGGCAGCGAUUAUCGGACGCGGAUGCCGCCAAAGCUAUGGCUAUCGAAGCGAAGAAGGCGACGAGUUUCGCCACCGAAUACCACCGUAUAGUCCACCAGAAGAUCAACCACGCAGUCUGGUGCUGUAGGCACUGCUUUGGUACGGAAUUUCAGCCCGAGAGGAUGUCGAUGGAGAAAUUGCGCAAGCAUUUGCACAGAAUGCAUGACGUUGAUGAGGACGUUGACCUACAGCAUGUGCAGCGAUACUGCUGUCGGGCACUCGACGCACCACCAAUCCCAUCCAUGACGGUCCAAAUGAUUCCGGAAGCAUCUUGAACUCCAUGUUGUCCUUGAGCC